AACUGCUUAUACUUAUUACUCUUGCUAAAUAAUCGCCGGAUUGGCUUCUGUCAGUUGAUCGAUUCUCCAAUAAAAAAAAUUCCCCUCCUUCCUCAAUUCCAUCCCCCGCUGCCGCUGCCGCUUCCGUCUCCGCCUCCGAACCCGCUCUCCUCGUGCGUCCCGUUCGCGACCGUCGCAUUCGCAAUUGUCACCAGCCGAGGUCGAAUAGCCAAGCAUUCUUACCUUUUCAGUCAAUAUUCUAGUUUCCAGACUUUUGCGCUGUUCAAUUGCUUCUCCAACACUUGUCAUCUCACCUUCAAGAUGCCCGCCACAAUCCCACAAAACAACUUUGACUCAAUCCCCGACUCGAUUGAGGCUUUCCGAAAUGGAGAGUUUCUUGUCGUUCUCGACGACCCCUCGCGCGAGAACGAGGCCGAUCUGAUCAUCGCUGCUGAAGAUGUGACAACGGAGAAGAUGGGCUUCCUUAUCCGCCACUCUUCUGGUUACGUCUGUGUUCCUCUCUCUCCCGAACUCACUAAAUCUCUCGAUCUUCCUCAGAUGGUUCCCAACAACCAGGACCCCCGAGGCACCGCCUACACUAUUUCUGUCGAUUCAGCCGACCCUUCUGUCACAACAGGAAUCAGCGCGACCGACCGUGCUCUCGCCUGCCGAACACUCGCCGACCCCAAAGCUCGUCCCGAUAGCUUCCGUCGCCCCGGUCACGUCCUUCCUCUGCGAGCUCGCCCUGGUGGCGUUCGACAGCGACCAGGUCACACUGAGGCUGCUACUGAGUUCUGUCGAUUGGCCGGCAAGGCCCAGGCUGCGGCUAUUUGCGAAAUCAUCGAUGAUGGCGAGGAAACCCCAGGCCAAGCUCUUGUCCAGAACCAUGGCAUGCUGCGAGGAGAGGCCUGUAUUACUUUCGCCCGCAAGUGGGGUUUGAAGGUCUGCACUAUUGCUGACCUGGUGGCUUACGUUGAGAAGACCGAGGGAAAGCUUGAGUCCAAUGGUGCUGAGACUGAGGGUAACUAAGCCCAGUUUCGUAUACGAUCUCUAUGUAAAUUUGAUAGGAUAUAUGGCGGUGGGCAAGUGGUAGGCUGUUCUACUUGUUUCAUGUACACAUGCACAUGGUGGCUGAUGGUUGACGAAACGCAAUGGUGGUUGCUUCAUGUAUUUCUUGCAUCUGUUUCUGGAUUCCUAGGGUUAUUUGGCAUAGACUGGGUUUCAUAUGGCGUCCCGAAAAGUGUCGGUUGAAAAGAGAACGAAAAAGAUAUCAAAUAUUGUACUCUCCUAUCAUGGAAUGUAGUUUAUGUGUACAGGCUGGCGAUACUCGAUUUGAUUAUGCAGAUCUCACCAUGCACGAAUUACUGCCUAGACCCCUGUAAUACGUGAGACAACCCAUGGCUCUGGUCUUGAUUCAGACGCUUCUGUGUGACUGAACUUACAUCCAACAUGAUGACAGCUUACGAGGAGUUCAGGCAGGCAGUCUCGGAAAGUCACGCUUACGUAUGGUCAAUCACAUAACUGAUGUUGUGUAGCAGUAAAGGGUUCAAGAUAUGCAGACUCAACAUGUGUCUUGCCCCCCACUCUUGAGUCUUACUUUCGAACACUGGCAUGUUAUGGUAGAUGUAACCAAGUAAACUCUUCAAAUUAGGAAAUCGACAUGGGCCAGCCAUAUGAGACGGUGAUGUACGAGUCUGAUUCCCUGAAGUCGUCGGCACUGUUACAUACAGUCUAGGUCGAGUGUGAUGUAACUGGGUCGACAGGAAGUCUCACUUUCAACCGCCCGCUCGAAAUUAUGCCCAGUCACAGUAUGCGUGACACAGGCCAGCCAUGUUAUGGUAAUCUCGGGGGUCUCUUUAAUAC